AUGGCUCCCUCUCACUAUAAUGACAAAGAAGAAGAUAACAAUGGAGGAGAUCAUCACCAAGAAGGAGAAGAAGAGCCAGGCUUCAAGAUUCACAUUUCCCGAGUGCCCACCAAAUUUACCGAAGAAAUUGUGGAACGGAUUUUGUCCGAAAAGCUUGGAAGUGAUGCUAUUUCCAAGGUGGAACUAAUUCUUCCACGCGAAGAAGAUGAAGAAGAAAAAGGGGAAGGAGGAGAUCACAAACUAGACGAUAGUCCUUACAAAAAGGACGAAGGAAAGACUCAUCGGGGAUUUGGGUUCGUCACCUUCAAAACGCAAGAAACUCAGGAAGCAGCCUUGAAACUAGAACAAAUCAAGGGUGGUCGAAAGCCUACUUCCAAAAAGAUGCACAAGAUCUAUCUAAGACCAUAUGCACAAAACGACAAAGAGAUGAAUCUUUGCUACCUAUGGUCUCAAUAUCGAUGCCCCUAUGGCGACGAAUGCAAAUUUGAACAUGUGGGAGAAGGCGGGACAUUGCCUUCUUCUUGUCACGUCAUUGAUGAUGCCGCACGAGCCAAGAGAAAGAAGGGCAAAUGUUUUGCCUUUAAAAAGGGCAAGUGCGACAAGGGUGACGCUUGUCCCUUUUCUCAUGAAAAUGUCGUUGUCAAGCCUACUGCUGUUAUCGUAGACGAUGAGACAGCAGGAAAUGCUGCCGAAAGCAAAAAAGAAAUUCCCAAAUCAGAAAAGGAUUGCAUCAAUUGGAAAACCAAGGGAAAAUGUCGAAAGGGAGAUAAGUGCCCCUACAAACAUGAUCCACAACUCCAAAAGAAGGCUCUUUUGAAACAGGCCAAAAAGAAAAAGAUUGCUCUUGGUAGCGACGACAAUAACAAAACCCAAAAGGAAAAGCAACCCUUGUCGGUACGAGUCUUUGGUUUGAAUUACGAAACGACCGAACAAGACAUUCGAAAAUUCUUUGAAGGAUGUGGUCAAAUCCAAGAUAUCACCUUUCCAAUCUUUGAAGAUAGUGGACGAUCCAAGGGAUAUUGUGGAGUUUGGUUUUCCUCUCCCAAAGCCGUGGCCAAGGCGAUUGAACUGGACGGGCAAGAACUCCAUGGACGGUGGCUGCGCAUUCAAGCGGGCAAAAUGUACCUCAAGCAAUGGGAAGGGAACCAUCCCCAACAACCGGCAGCCAAGCGAGCCAGGACGAUACAUCAUGGUGGCAGCCACCACCAGUAG